GAGUGUAGUGUUGUGGCUGCUCAGUGUCUAUGUCAAUUUUAGAGUGAUUUUGCUUACUGAGAACGAAAGGAUUGCGAUGGUCGGCAAUCGCCGUAUUGCAAGAAAUUGAUUUAAACGGUCGUAUACUUACGAGCAUUUGUAUUACAAGAGGAUCGAGUUUAAUUCGAGUUUCGUUUGUCGCGGGAACCGUACACAGCGGUGAGAGAGCACGCAGAGUGCCGUCUUCCCAGCAACAAAAUUUGCUCCUGACCUUCCACCACAACAAGUUGGCCUUUUCGAGUGAUUUGGCGUACAAUUAAGAUUUCUUCGCAUCGCGUAUACGCGACACGUGAUAACGAAAACUUACACGACGUAAAGUUUUCCCGCGCGUUCUGAGAGGUUUUCUUGGCGCAAGAAUCAGGCUUAUGCAACGACGAGCGCAUAAACAUCUAUUACGGUAAACAAUAUCAUUCCGUCAACCGAAUUCGAAGGCAUGUGACGGAUUCUCGCCGCUCGUAUUUUAUCGUUAAAAUUUUAGUGACAAAACUUGAUAUCGUGUAAAUUCAUUAAAUGAGAUAUUUUAUACAAUUAGUGGAAAAACCGAGAUGAUACAAUAGGCUGGUGAAGUCUAUGAGAUUGACACUAAUUGUUAUCAAAAACAGAGAUUCCUUAUGGCGUGUUUCUUAAUUAACAAUAAUGUCAUUUGUUUGUACAAACAAUUAGAAAGGAACAAUUGUACAUACGUAUCGGAACAUUAAAUGAAACGUAUGCUUAAAGGUGCAUUUCUCUUGUAUAAUUAAUACCGAUAUAAAAGCCUUAAUGGGUUACAAGGAAGCAAUCGACGAAUCGAUAUAUGGAGAUUUUGGUGCAUUUGUCAGUUUAUCAGAGAGUUGAGAAACAUUUGUGAACACGUUUCAAAAGCCAAAGAAGGGGUAAACGUUUAAGGGAUGCUAGGUAGCUGGUGAUAAUAUAGAGCAGUGUGUAUAAGUUAAUUUUUACAAUAUGACGGAUACACGCAGAAGAGUAAAGUUGUAUGCGCUCAAUGCUGAUAGACAAUGGGACGAUCGUGGUACGGGUCAUGUUUCUUCUUCGUACGUAGAUAGAUUAAAAGGAAUUUCACUUUUGGUCAGAGCAGAGAGCGAUGGUUCAGUUUUAUUGGAAAGCAGAAUACAACCUGACACUGCAUAUCAGAAGCAACAGGACACUUUAAUAGUUUGGUCAGAAGGAGAUAAUUUUGAUUUAGCCUUAAGUUUCCAAGAAAAGGCUGGCUGUGAUGAGAUUUGGGAGAAGAUAUGUCAAGUUCAAGGAAAAGAUCCAUCCGUUGAAAUCACUCAAGAUAUCGUCGAAGAGUCAGAAGAUGAGCGGUUUGAUGAUAUGUCAGAUGCUGCGCCACCCAUAGAAUUGCCUCCAUGUGAAUUAAGUCGACUGGAAGAUAUUAAUGAACUUAUAGGGAAUUGCUUAUCUUCUCAGAUGAGGAAAGAUAAAUUAGCACUGGCUUUAGAAUCUGAAGGUUAUAUCAAGAAACUAUUAAAUCUAUUUCAUACGUGCGAAGAUUUGAAGGACAGUAAAGGAUUACAUCAACUUUACAAUAUAUUUAAGAAUAUUUUCCUACUUAACAAGAAUACACUGUUUGAAGUUAUGUUUAGCGACGAUACAAUUUUUGAUGUUGUUGGGUGUUUGGAAUACGAGCCAACAUUGCGCGAGCCAAAGAGGCAUAGGGAAUAUCUUCGACAAUUAGCCAGAUUUAAGCAAGCAAUUCCUAUUACAAAUACUGAAUUACUAGCUAAAAUUCACCAAACGUAUCGAGUUCAAUACAUUCAGGAUGUAGUUUUACCAACUCCAAGUGUAUUUGAAGAUAAUAUGUUAAAUACAUUGAGUAGCUUUAUAUUUUUUAACAAAGUUGAAAUAGUAACCCUGAUACAGGAUGACGAGAAAUUUCUUACUGAAUUGUUUCGUCAGUUAACAGAUGAGGCAACAUCAGAUAGCAAGAGACGCGAUCUGGUUCUUUUCUUGAAAGAGUUUUGUAAUUUUUCGCAGAAUCUUCAACCACAAGGGAAGGAGGCCUUUUAUAAAACUUUAACAGCACUUGGUAUUUUACCUGCUUUAGAAAUUACCUUGGCAAUGAAUGAUGCCCAAACAAAAACGGCUAGUAUAGAUAUAUUGACAUAUAUAGUGGAAUAUUCCCCAAGCGUUGUUCGAGAUUAUACAUUGCAACAAAUAAAUAAUACAGAACAGGACCAAAUGUUGAUAAAUGUAAUAGUUGCUCAACUCGUCGGCGAUAGUGACCCAGAGUUGGGUGGAGCUGUACAAUUAGCCGGUGUAUUACGCCUGCUACUUGACCCAGAAAAUAUGUUGGCUUCCGUUAACAAAUCAGAAAAGACUGAUUUCUUAAAUUACUUCUACAAGAAUAGUAUUGGAACACUAAUAGCGCCUCUUUUAGCAAACACGAUUGGAGAACGACCAGCAAGAGAGGAUUAUAGAACAGUACAGCUUUUAGGAUUGAUUUUAGAGUUACUGUCAUUUUGUGUAGAGCAUCAUACGUACCACAUAAAAAAUUGCAUAUUGAACAAAGAUCUGCUCAAACGGAUACUGGUCUUAAUGAAAUCAACACACACAUUUUUAGUGCUGUGUGCUUUAAGGUUUAUGAGAAAAAUUGUAGCUUUGAAAGAUGAAUUUUACAAUAGGUACAUCAUUAAGGGAAAUUUAUUUGCACCUGUAUUUGAUGCAUUUGUAAGGAACAACGGUAGAUAUAAUCUAUUGGAUUCUGCUAUUCUUGAGAUGUUUGAAUUUAUUAAACUGGAAGAUAUUAAAUCCCUAUGUUCCCACGUUGUUGAAAAUUUUUCAAAGGAACUAGAAGCAAUCGAUUAUGUACAAACAUUUAAAGCUUUGAAAUUAAGGUACGAACAACAUCAAGACAAGCUAAAGGAUAGAGACAGAGCAGCUCUUGACAGUGUUCCAUCCAUACUGAGAAAUAGUCGAUACAGAAGGGACCAGAGACAGUUAGACGAAGAAGAGGAAAUGUGGUUCAACGAAGAGGAAGACUUUGAUGAGGGUGAGGCGGUCGUACCCGCAGCAGCAGCAGAUCUUGUGCCUCCGGCUUCUGCUAAGAAACAGUCAUCAACUUCAAAUUCUGCACUUAAUCCUGCUCUUGCAGAUUCUAAAAGUCACCAUCAGCAGCAGCAGCAACAGCAGUCCGUGUUGAACAACAACACUGCUAACAAUAACAUUACCUCGCAGCAAUCGCAAAUCAAUAAUAGUACAACAACAACAAACGAAUCUUCAAUUAGUUCGGAAAUAAACCCAAAUUCACCUAUUGGUACGGUAGAAAAAACUGGAACUGCAUUAUUUAAAAAGGGCUUAGUCGACUACGAGGGAGAUUCAGACGAAGAAGAUGAGGAUACGGAAGUGACACCUUCUCCAAAACGACAAAGAUUGUCAUAGUAGGCAAACUGGGGAAGAACGAGGAAUUUGUGGUUUUUAAUCGCUUCUACCAUUUCUGGCCCUCCUACGUGCACAAAGGACUCGAUCAGAAAAUCAUGUUAUCAACCCUUUUGUAGCUGAACAGAAGAAUCAUUCUCUCCGAGUGAGUGGACGCACGAAGACGCGUGUUUAUCGUGUGGUGGACAUACCUCUUUGUGUUGGGUUGUACAUAAUAUACGAAAACAUCGAUACUGAAUGCAGGUGGGUGGAAGGGUCCGAGAAAUGGAAUCUAUGUAAUUAAGGGGGAAAAAAAGAAAAAAAAGAAUUAUGAACUAAUGCGAUACAAAGGAAGAUAGAACUUUCUUUAACGAAACAUAUGACGAUAAAUUGUGGCAUAUUGUUGUAUGACCACACGUGAGUGUUAAAAAUAACAAAGUUUUAACGAGAAAUAGUCCAUUCCACACUGUCUGGAAACACCCCAUUGUACUAGAAGAAAUUAUUUCACGAAUAGGCUAAGAAACUCUAGCCAGGCCUAGUGGUUCUUACGAGUAACAGAGAUUUCUAAGCACACGCUUAGAUUCAUGUAAUAAUUAAAAGAAAAAUUUGUGACUGUACGUCAUAAUAAUUACAUCUGCUAAGAAGAAACUUACUAUGUAAAGAAAAAAAAUAAUUAUACAUGUAAAAGUACAUGAUGUACCGCACAAAAAACAACUGAGUGUUUUGUUUUGCCAUCCAUCAAUUUUCUUGUUCGUGUGAUGGGCAAUUGGGACCCGUCCAUAGAAAGGGGGUCAGACAUCAUGAAACUUUAUCCAGUUUAACGAGAAUAGUAUUUAGUUUGUAUAUAUAUGUAUAUUUGUAACGAUUGUAAAACAAGCAUUCAUGGGUGAAUCAGAGAAAUAUGCGAUUCCUUUACAAAUUCAGUUCCCUUUUAAGGUUCUUUAAACGAGCUUUUCGGUUGUCAAUGUAAGUAGUAGAAAUUGUACAAUAAACAUAUUUCAAUUGUGUAUAUUUACCAGUUUGCACUUCAUGUCCGCAAUUACUCCUCGAUGUAAAAAAAAGUAUAUGUGAAAGUGUCUUGCAAUCUUGAGUAUUAAAUAUAAACUGUUCUAUUCGUAUAAAUUAUUCGUAAUUAUUAUGGGCAAUAUCAGAGCCUGGUAUCGUUGUAUAUCUCGAAGAGAAAAAAGAGAAACAAGAAUCUUAAAUAUAUAUUUGCGAAAUAAUUUCGUUCGAAUCGUGUCCAGUGAAUUAUUUCGCUUGUUCUUUUUCGUGAUUUAUAAAUAAGGUAUAAUGAGAAAUGACUCGGUUUUUAAAGGAUGAGCGUAAACACACGGUGAGAUGAUGAUGCUUAGCAAGAUUUAUUUUUAAUGCUCCAACAUCAUAUCACAAAUCAUAAAUUCAUUGAUCUAAAUCAGCUCCAGAUAAGAAUGUCUACUUGAUAUUUUGACUACUGAUAUACAACCGAGAAAGCUGGUACUAUAAGAGUCUCCACUUUUCAUUUUUAAAAUCACAUUCGAAUUCGUUUCCUUCAAGUGCUUUUAAUGUUCGAUGUUAUUUUAAUAUGCUAACAGGUGAUUGAUAAGGGGAAUGUACAACAUUCAAAAUAUGGAUUUGGUUUAUAGCGCAGUUGUAGGAGGCCCUCAAAGUAAUCUAGUAAAAUUGUAGCACGCAUGUUCUUCGUAUAAGAGAGAAAUUCACAUUGACGGUUUUUCAAUUUGUACUUAACUGAUAAAAUAGAAAAAUUCGCUAAGAAAUAUAUGAUAUAAAAUGAAAAAAUUUGAAAAUUUGCUCAUAACGUUUGGAUUAGGAGAGGUAACACUUUACCACCAGGAUAAACGUGAGUUUCUUCCUUAUAUCAGAAAAGUAUGCGCUAAUAUUUUUUCUUAUAAUUAUCAUAAAUUUGUUUCCUUCUUUGUUAAUUCAAACAGAAGGAAUACAUAUUAAAAGCCUCACAUCCGGAACAGAGUUUCUAAGACUGCUUUAGACCUGUAUGUAUAUUGAACAUUUCGAAAAUAUCAUAUACACCGUCUAUGUACACAUAUGCAUAUAUAUUAACUUAUAAUAUCGUGAAAUGGAAAUCUUUAGAACUGAAUAUAGUCAAGAACGGGAGCGAAAUCUGUGAAUAUCAAAGUAGGCAAAUUCGCUGGAGCUGAACGAUAUAUAUGUAUAUAAGAAGAAACAAAAUGUAUAACUUGAACUGAUUAGAAGAAAAGAGUGAGAGAGAGAGAGAGAGCGCGCGCGAGAGCGAGAGAGGAAAGUAGUGAAAUAGAAUGGAUUGUAACAAAGGCUAAUUAUUAGUUAUUUAAGAGGAUAUUAAAUAAUGUUGUUCUUUAUGUGUUUUAUAUAAUAUAUUCAUGAUUUAUUCGAUGAAAAGGAAUAAAGCGAUAAAAUUAAAGGAAGCUUGCGUCGGGUAUGUAAGGGACUUGUAAGUAAACGGAAUAAUAAGAAACGAAUCGAUAUCUAAGUGAUACUAGAAUAAAAAAGAAAAAAAAAAAAUGCACCACUUUAAAUGCUAUUUAAGCUGAAUUUCGUAUAAUACAAUUGUAUAGAGUGCUUCGACUACGUUCAUUAAUGCGCGUAAGCUCUUGUUGCUGUUCCCUUAUUUAAAUAACGUCAUUGUACAAUUGCCAGUUUCUCUUGAAUCACGUAUAUUUAUCGUAAUUUCUUUAUUCUGUUUGCGUCAUAUCAAGUCGACUGCAAGCUACGAAUUUUUUGUUUCUCGUACGACCAUGCGUUAAGCUACGGUUACAUCGGUGAGCGUCGAUGAUACAAAUACUGUUAAAAGGACAAGCGAUAAACGGUAAUCGACAGUUUCUUUCGUUUUGCUAAAAAUUUCAUUGCGUCGAUAUCGAGUUAAAGCGAGAAAACAAUGGUAUAUGGUUUCGAAUGUACGGGCACAGGUGACUUUCUCCGGUAAAUGGAACUUGGAGAGAAAGGUGAUCUCAAAACUCGGGAAUUUUUGAUCGAUCAUGGGGUUAAUAGGUUAUUUCACUCGUCAGCGGGUACGUGGAGCGUAGAGGUCGCUUUCUUCCCUUAACCGAGAGAAUGCAUCAUUGCUCGCAGGUGUGCACGUUGCAUCGUCGUUACAUUUCUCACCGCUGUAACUUACGGUUUUAUCCUGGUCGAACGAGCACAGAAAAAAAACUGAUCUGUUCCUUUCGCUUCUUGUUGGGGUGCACCGUUUGAACGCUUGUUUCGCACUCUAGUUUAAACGGAAUCGGUUCAAGAUUUCGCACUCUGUUCGGGUAGAACAAAAUCGAUAUUUUACGUUGUAUAAAAUGAACGAAGAGAAGGAUAUUCUUUGUGCGAUCUGGUUCGAAGUUGCGUUCAACAUUGAUGAAAUCCUGUUCGAUGUCCACGAAAUAAAUGAUACUUUCUCGGUG